ACUCUAUGCUUUUCUCGACCAUUGUUAUAGCCUGCCAUGGGACACAAGUCUGGCGGUUCGUGGUUCCAAUACUCUCCGUGACCCAGAUUUGGGGGCAUAAUUGGGGUUGCCUGACCUGGCAUUGGGAUUCAGACAUUCAUACAAACCUCUGGAUCAUCCAUCAUGGAACCUGGCUGCCCAGCCUUGUGGAGCAUCAUUGCCGGAUUACGUGGAGCCUUUCUGGCAGUCUCUCGGAACAGCUCGUUAGUCACCACUAUUCCUAAUUGCGUUGAUUUCUUUCUUAACCUCCCCCCCUUUUCUGUGGUCUUAUUAGUACCCUCCGUACUGGACUACCUUACCCUCAACUUCAGGAGACCGAACGCGGGAGUACUAACUGAAAGGUUGCAGGACAGACACUCCACUGGACGAAUAAAGGCACAGGAGCAAGGGUUUCUGUUCUCGCUGGGAGACAGGCAUGGAAGAGUCUAGUUGACUUGAUCUUGUAUUGCAUAUCAUGGCGUGAAUGGGGAGUGAGAGAUCCCCUUUUAUUUUUCUGUGAUUUCCCUGUC